AGCACCGCAAAGUCACGUGACUGAUAUGUGAACGCUUUGAACGCAGGACAAACGGCAACAGCAAAUACAUCACCUUUUACAUCGCCAUCACUUACAACAGCAUCAACGAUGUCAGAGGAAGAUCGAGUCGUCGUUCUGGCCAUGGACGGGAGCGAGUACUCCGAAUAUGCAUUUCAAUGGUACUUGAAGAAUAUUCGUCGCCCCGUCGACCACGUCGUGAUCGUCCACUGCCCCGAGUAUCACAACAUCACCUACUCGCAGGCUCCUGUCAUGAGUGAUGUGACCCUUAUCACUCAGAUGAUCCACGAGGAAGAGAGUCGGGCUCAGAAGAUGGUGGACACUUUGAGCCAGAAGCUGAAAGACAAUGGAAUGGUGGUUGAGGAUGAGGUGGAUGAUGAUGAGGAGGAGAGGUGA